CCAGUCCUCAAUGCUGAGAGACGGAAGGUUUAACUUUGUCCGAUUCGUACCGCCCACAUCAAUGUCCGGAACGUAACCUCACUGCCUGAGAGAAGUUUGCCUCACAAAUCGCAUGGACUAAACCGAGAAGAGACAACUCUUUUUAUUACGUUUAUUUACCCUCUCUUGUGUCAAGGAUGGAUAUACUUUCAAAUAACAUAGUUUUUCUGGUGAUUUUUGUAUAUAGCUGUUUCGUGGCUGUGUCCCAGGGCUUUAACGUGGGCAGCGCCGGGGCCAAGGUGUUCUCUGAACCCAAGGAGGAGGAGUUUGGAUACAGCGUCCAGCAGUUUAGCAACCACAUGGGGAAAUGGUUGCUGGUGGGUGCUCCCUGGAGUGGCUACACACCAAACAGAAUGGGAGAUGUGUACAAGUGCGAGAUCAGAGGAGCCAGUUCAGGUUGCCAGAGACUGGGCCUGCAGAACUCAAUCAGCAUACCAACGGUGAAAAACAUCAAAGUUAAUAUGAGUCUGGGCCUCACGCUCACCGCAUCUCCCACAGCAGACAAGCUCUUGACGUGUGGUCCUCUCUGGGCUCAGCAGUGUGGCAGCCAGAAUUAUUAUCCCGGAGUCUGUGCUGAGGUCAACCAACUGUUCCAGCCUCUGCCAGCAUUUUCACCUGCCCUUCAGACCUGUGGUGGUCCGAUGGACAUUGCCAUUAUUCUGGACGGGUCCAACAGUAUCUACCCUUGGCCGCCCGUGGUAGCAUUCCUCAAGAAGCUGCUGGAAAAUCUAGAUAUUGGACCUGAAAAUACCCAGGUAGCGGUCAUUCAGUAUGCAGUUGAUGCAUCAUUUGAGUUCUACCUGAACUCCUAUAAGACAAAGGCCUCCAUUGUGACGGCUUCUUCCAGAAUCAAUCAGAAAAGUGGGUUGUCGACCAAUACCUUCCAGGCCAUAGAUUUUGCCAGAGACCAGGCUUUUCUUCCUCGGCAUGGUGGUCGCCCUGGAGCCAGCAAGGUGAUGGUGGUGGUGACUGAUGGAGAGUCUCAUGAUGAGAGUCUGAGAGAUGGGGUCAUCGGCAGGUGUGAGGCCGACAAAAUCACUCGCUUUGGCAUCGCUGUGCUGGGUUACUACAUAAGAAACAACAUCGACACCAAGGAUCUGAUCACCGAGAUCAAGUCCAUAGCGAGCAUUCCGUCAGAGCGCUACUUCUUCAAUGUGUCUUCAGAGGAAGCUCUGCAGGAGAUUUCUGGUACCCUGGGAGACCGCAUCUUCAACAUCGAGGGUACAGGCAAAGGAUUAGAGUUCCAGAUGGAGUUGUCUCAGGUGGGCUUCAGUGCUCACUACACCAAGCAGAAGGACACGUUGAUGCUGGGGGCAGUGGGAGCGUACGGCUGGAGUGGUACUGUGGUGCAUCACACGCCACUAAAGUCCAACAUCUUUCCCAAGACAGCAUUUGAGAACAUCCUGCAGGACAAGAACCACAGCUCUCUACUAGGCUACGCGGUGACGACCCUGAGUGACGGCAGGAUGGAGUACUACGUAGCAGGAGCGCCUCGCUCCAACCACACAGGCCAGGUGGUGGUCUACACUCUGACCAGCGGGGGGCAGCCCACUGUGGUGGACUCCCAGAGGGGGGAGCAGAUCGGCUCCUACUACGGCAGCGUCCUGUGUCCUCUGGAUGUGGACAGAGACGGGGUGUCGGACCUGCUGCUGGUCGGAGCUCCCAUGUUCAUGAACCAGCAGAAGAAGGAGAUGGGGAAGGUCUACCUGCUGUCCUUCACCAAGGGUGUUCUGAGUGACCAGGGGGUUCUGAAGGGUCCGUCUCCGCUGGAGAAUGCUCGUUUUGGGAUGGCGAUCGCUGCCGUGUCUGACCUCAACCUGGACGGCUACAGUGAUGUGGUGGUGGGAGCUCCCCUGGAGGACAGCAACAGAGGGGUUCUGUACGUGUUCAACGGGGACAACUCUAGAACACUCAAGACCCAGCACUCACAGAGAAUCCUGGGCUCCAAGCUAGACACCGGUCUGAGGUACUUUGGCCGCUCCCUGAGUGCCAGCACAGACCUGAACGAUGACACCAUCCCCGACGUCACCGUGGGAGCUUAUGGGAAGGUGGUGCAGCUCUGGUCCAGAGGUGUUUCCGUGGUAACGGCCAGUGUGACCUUUGACCCAGACAAGAUCAGCAUCCUCAGCAAGACGUGUCGUGUGGCAGGGAGGAUAGCGUUCUGCUUUAAUGCCAAAGUCUGCUUCAGUGGGAUAUUCAAACCCUCCCCUCCUGUGGGCCCCUUGGCCUUGAGCUGCAACCUGACCCUGGAUGCAGACCUGCAGUCCUCCAGAGUGACCUCCAGAGGCCUGUUCAGCAGCAACGUUGAGAGGCACCUGAAGCAGGAUAUCAGCCUGAACACUGGGGGGCACUGUGAGACACACCAGGUCUUUGUACAGGAGGCUCCAGACUUUGUGAACUCCCUGGGUCUGCGUGUGGAUGUGGCGCUCCAGAACCCAGAUGCCAACCCAGUCCUGGACCCCUUCAGUACCAGCGCCUGGGAGUUCUCUAUCCCCUUUUCCAAGGACUGUGGGACUGAUGAGGUGUGCAAUAGCGACCUCACCCUGGCAGUGGUCAGAGGGGACCAGGUGCCCAGUUCCUCUGAGAUGUUGGUGAGCUACAAGAACAAGAGGUUGUUCUUCCAUGUAACCCUUAGCAACAGGAAGGAGAACGCCUACAAUGCCAGAGUGACAACCACCUACUCCAAGAACCUGUUCUACUCCUCCGUCACUCCCCCCAGUGACGGAACAGAGGUGAAGUGCACCCCCGUCAAGGACUCCUCCAGCCUCGUGUGCCAGGUUGGAUACCCAGCACUCACAGUAGACCAGGAGGUCACGUUCGAGAUCAGCUUUGACUUCAACUUUGCUCAGCUGCAGAACAAAGCUACGGUGGAUUUCGAGGCCUUCAGUGACAGCAGAGAGGUGAAGCCCUCAGACAACCAGGUGUCACUCUCCAUCCCUGUCCGAUAUGACUCGGAGAUAGCCCUUUCCAGAGAGGCCUCCCCUAACUUCUAUGUGGUAGACUCAGAGCAGGAGGUGAUCACCCCAGUCAAAUCCUUCAGUGACAUUGGUCCUGAGUUCAAGUUCUCCCUCAAGGUGUCCACAGGCAACCUGCCCAUCAGUCUGGCCUACUUGACUGUGUCGAUGCCCUUGAAGACGGCAGCAGGAAACCCCCUCCUCUAUGUGACGGACAUCCGCACUGCCCCGAGUGGGGAUGUGAACUGUGAUGUCACCGGUUUGGUGGACCCGCUGAAGAUCAGUAGCCUGGGAGGCCACACCCCCUCCUUCAGCUCAGAAAACCUCCUCCGCACACCGCAGUUGGACUGUUCGAGUGCCACCUGCCAGACGAUGGAGUGUGUUCUGAAAGACAUGGGACCCAAGAGGGACUUCUUUGUGAACGUGACCUCACGGAUAUGGAACGGAACGUUUGCUGCGGCAAUCUUCCAGUCCCUCCUGCUAACGGUUACCACGGAGAUAAAAACAUCCCAGUCUGACCUACUGGUCAUCGCUCACAAAGAGCUCCAGGUGGGCGUGACUCUUAGUAAACCAGGUGAGAAGGGGCAGGUGCCUGUGGGCGUGAUCGUAGGCAGUGUCAUCGGGGGCCUGCUCUUAUUGGCUGCGGCCAUCGCUACGCUGUGGAAGGUGGGUUUCUUCAAGAGGAAGUACAAGCAGUUACAGAAGAGUCCGGAAGAAGAAGCCGAAACUCAGGGUCUACAGGAGGGGGAGGAUGCACCUUGAAUCAGGAGGAGGAACACGAGUUCAAAGAGGAGGAAGAAGCACGAGGAGGUGGAGGAGGAAGGAGAUCUGGGGGUGUGUGUGUUUGUGUGUAUGUGUGUGGAGAGCAGAUGUACUGCAGGAGGUCAGGGUUUGCGUGGGCGUACAUGAGUGUAUGUAUGGGUGUUGAUGUACAGGGAAUUUGUGUUUGUGUGUGUUGGCCAGAAAUGAUCAGCACCAAUCAAACGACUACACUCAACUUUUGUAGUGUUUUUAUACCGUUUAUGUGCUGUAUAUUGUGUGUUAUGGGGACUCGCCAAUGGGGUGACUCAAAAAGGUACAGUUCUGUCCCAUCAGCACGCGUACAGUAUGCUGGGCAUACGGCACCGUGUUCUACUGUGGUUAACAUAUUGUUGAUGCAGAUGAUACUGAAACUAGAAAGGGACAACAUGAUAAUGAACAUUCAAGCAGGUUUCUGUCAGAAAUGAUCUACUGUAGCAGUUCAACUAGUCGGUCAGCUGUACAAUAAAAUACAAACUCCUGAAUGUAGCUAGCAAGAGUCUUUUAUUUGACUUGCAAAUGAAAUAAACUGCAAUUCAGUGGUCAGUAAGGCUGAUGUUGGACAUUAAAGAAUGUAAAUAUAUAUGAAUGAGUCCACAACGACCUUAGUCAGGUGGUAUCUUUCUGGGGCCAUACACAGACACUGUGGAUGACUUUAGAGUGGGAGGUGUGUCUAAUGGGAUCAAAUCACUCUUACCCAUGGCUGCGUACUCACCCACAGCUCUGGUUUUGUGUUUCUUUGAGACUUUGAUGUACGUCUUCAUAGAUAUGGUGAGGAUGCUUAAUGUCAUUCUAAUAAAGCUUUUACAAAAUAA